AUGAAUCUAAAUCAAAAAUUAACUAAAGAAUCACAAAUUAAAUAUGAUUUGUUAGUUGAUAGUUGGCUUUCCCAAGUAAAAGAAUUAGAAAUUGAAUAUACAGAACCUAUUAAUACUAAAUUUAAAAAGUUUUCAGUUACAAAGAAAGCUGCAAGUAUAUUAAUGAGCAAGAUUUUUAGCUUUUACUUCCUUUUUAACUUUAUUAUUAUGAUACUUCCAAAUAUUAUAUUUAUUUUUAUUAUAAAAACUGUUGAAAAUUAUACUUUUGAAAUGGUUAUCCCAAUGGUAAAUAUUUUGAAAAAAAUAUAG